CCGCCGAAGCCGACCGAAGUCAGUCACCGCUGAGCCGUCGUAGAGGAAGCACGCUGCUGCCGCUCGCUGCUCUGCUCCUCGACGCCGCUCCAGUUCGACGUGUUCGAGUCACCUCGCCGACUUACCGUGUGGUGCCACCCGUUGUGCUUCAAGCCCCUCCAAGUUUCCCGCCGUGUAUCCGGCGCGACCCUCUCCCUGUGAAAGUGCAGUGUGGUUUUUGUUUUGUGUGUGUGCGCCGUGGUUGUGUCGCCAACCCGGUUCCAGUGCGUCAGUGUGUGCUUUGCGACAUGUGCCCCUCUGCGAACAAGUUCAAAUGACGGAUAACUCAGUGAUGAAUGCCAUGGACGAGGUAUCGCGGACGGCGCAGGACGACGAGUACUGGGCGGGCGUCAUGGAGGAGGACUCGGUGGAGUCCUUCGCCAACCUGGCCAGCUGGCAGGGCUUCCUGCCGCCGCCGCCGCGGCCCUCCUUCCUGGACGAGCUCGCCUCCGCCGACAGCCUCACCUCCUGCGAGAUGUGCUCGUGGGCCUACCAGGACGGCGCCAGCUCCAUGCAGGUCACGCAAGCAGAGACGGCGGCCGAGCUGGGCUGGGUCUUGACGCUGGCCGUGGUGUCCCUCCUGUCGGCGGCCAUCGGCGCGGCCGUCAUGGUCACCGUGCUGCACUGCCGGUCGCGGCUGUCGUCGGGGUUUGGUUCUGGAGGACUGUGCACGCUGUGCGUGGGCCGCGCGCACGCGGGCCGUGUGUCCGCGCCGACCAGCCCGCUUGCCGGGGGCGGCGUGGUUGUCGGCGAGGACAAGGAGACGGUGGGCGGUGUGGGGGGCGCGGCGCCCCAGGACGUGUCUGGACCUCUGCUGGCGCUGUGGCGGGGGCGGUCGUCGCACGGCCUGACGGGGUGGCCGUGGCGGCGGCGCGAGGCGCCCAAGGGGGCGGGCAAGGGCCCCAAGGGCCCCGCCCCCGAGAACCACUACACGCUGGAGGAGCUGGCGUACUCGGGGGUGUCCGGGGCCAGCGAUGAGGCGCUGUACGCCGAGCUGGACCGGCCCAGCGUGCGCGGCGCCUACCAGUACCAGAACGCGGCGCCGCUCGCCAACCUGACGCCGCCGUGCCACUGCGGGCAGGGCCUGGUGCCGCAGGGCCAGCCCGGCCCCGACACGCCCUCCGCGCCCUCCUCGGCGUACUACUCGGACCUCUCCGCGCCCGACCGCACCUACGAGGCCGUCGGCGUGGGCAACCCCAUGAUGGCCGUGCCCGCCAUGCCGUCGGCCAUGCCCUGCCUCAGCCUGCAGGUGAACCCGCACUGGGAGGCCGCGGCCGCGGCGGCCGAGGCAGCGCGACGCCGCCAGCUCGCGCACCAGCACCUGCAGCGGCAGUUCCAGCAGCUGCAGCACAUUCAGAUGGCGCCGCAGCAGCUGGUGCCGGCCGACAGCUCCGUGCCGUCCGACUACGUCUGACGCUCCGCCCC